UCCUGCAGUGGAUUGAUUCGGGCUAAUAAUAGUAAUAAUAUGCACAGACACGCACAACAUUCAAAUCUGCAGUUCUUUUACAUACUACCAGAGAUCAAAGUCUGCCUUUAGCCCUACUCAAGACCUAAAAAAAAAGACUUCUUGAGCGUGUACUGUACAGGAUAGAGAAAGGAAGGGGGGGGAACCCUCAAAGUAAGCCGACUUCAAAACGAGCUGAUUUUUUUUCCAACGGCAGCUGUUAGCCCAACCCUCCCAUAGUGCGAGGAAAUAAAUUGCCAACACCUCCUUUUUUCAGACUUUUUGUCAAUAUCCUCCCGGAUAGGAAGGGGGAAAAACCCAGUACUCUCCUCCUCGGGGAGGCGGUAAGAGCCAAUAGAUAUUCAUGGCUGUGUGUGGCUAAUGAAAUCCCAUUUCUAUCCAGUUAUAAGAAAGAAAAGAAAAGGCCCGAAGAGCAGGGACUGAAAUCUGCUUGCAAGCACUCUGCUCUCAACGCCUGGCGCUGCAGUACGAAAAAGCCAACCCACUCAGCGAGGAGUCGGUGUGGAGAGAGCGCGGGAGGAGGAGGAGGAGGAAGCGAGGGGAGUGGGAGUGUGGAGGACUUAGCAGACGCUCCAACGUGGAUAAGCUUCGAGCUUUCUGAUACAUUCCUGCCUGGCCAGGGCGACGCUUCCUGCGAGAGCUGUGCCGACUUGUUGCAAAGAUCUGUCUUAGAAAGCAGCGAAAUCAAUCCACUGGGUUCCUCGUCUUCCCCCACCCCCGAUCCUUCCCCUUCGCGGCUCAAGCGACGUUCGAGCUGGUCGAAUCCACUUCCUUUCUGAAGGAGGUCGGGGCAAUUUGAUGGAGACUUCAAGCAGCCUGGCGUUGGGGGGGCGAUCGCGGGGGGAUUUUGGAGGGGACUGAAGAAGGGAGGGGUGGCAGUGCAGACAUGCAGAGAGCCAGCGUGAUGGGGAUGCCCAGUCCGGAACCCAGUGGAUCAUAUUCCCAGCAGUUCAAAGCCAUGAGGUUCUCCUAUCACAUCGAAGGGGGAGCGACUACUUCGCCCCAAAUCCGAGCUGGUUCUGUUCAGCCCCACCGGCUCCUGGUCAAAAGUCUCUCCUCAGAACCCAGUCCUGAACAUCGCUCACCAGAAGCCCCCCAGCGGCUUGUCUCGGAUCCAGGACCUGACCACAACGAAGAGGAAAUUGCCAAGCUCCGACCACUCAAGCGUCCCCCAGGACCCAAGCCACAAGUUCCUCCCAAGCCAGCUUAUCUGCAGAAUAGCCAGCCCCUACGGCUUCCUGAAUCAAUCCCCCCACCCCCAUCACGACCCCUCCCAGCUGACCCCCGCCUGGGCCGCAGUCCUCUGCCGAAAGAUGGAGUGGGGUCCUCAUCUGCCGUCUCCUGCCUCAUUGAGAAGUUUGAGAGGGAACCUAUAAUUCUGACAUCUGAGCAGGCCCCCUCACCGUGCCCCAGCCCAGACCUCCAAGCCCUAGAGAUAAAUUCUAUGGAACCCUCGCUAGAUCGUCCAGCUUCAUUGGAAUCAGCAGAACUGUCUCACAAGCUCCUGGACCUCCUGGCAUUGGAAGGAGGGCAAACGGCUGUAGGAAGUGCUGUCUGCUUGCCGCCUCAUGAUGGUGGGAAACUGGCAAACCGAGACAGUGGCAUUGACAGCAUCAGUUCACCAUCUAACAGUGAAGAGAUCUGCUUUGGGCCUGAGGAAGGUACAGGGGAGGGUGCUGGACCACUGGCGCCUCCAGCCAUCAUCAAGCACAGCUCAACCCGUGAUUCUGAGGGGGACAGUGACAUGGAUGAUGGCAGUGGGGAUGAGGCUGAGCUGCUAUCUGACCUUCCACCUCCACAGACAGAGAAGCAGGAUUCUGAUGAGAUGACAGUUCCACAAAAGGUCUUCCGAAUUGCCAACGAGCUUCUCCAAACAGAAAAGGCAUAUGUAUCUCGCCUGUAUCUACUGGACCAGGUCUUCUGUGCCCGUCUGCUGGAGGAAGCACGCUGCCGAAACUCUUUCCCAGCUGAUGUGGUGAUGGGCAUUUUUGCCAACAUCUGUUCCAUCUACUGCUUCCACCAGCAGUUCUUGCUCCCAGAAUUGGAGAAACGGAUGGAAGAAUGGGACCAACACCCACGUAUUGGGGAUAUUCUGCAAAAACUGGCUCCCUUUCUCAAAAUGUAUGGCGAAUAUGUGAAGAACUUUGACCGUGCCAUGGAGUUGGUGAACACCUGGAUGGAGCGCUCAACACAGUUCAAGGGCAUUAUCCAUGAAAUACAGCGGGAAGAGAUAUGUGGGAACCUGACCCUGCAGCACCAUAUGCUGGAACCGGUCCAGAGAAUCCCUCGCUACGAGCUGCUCCUGAAGGACUAUCUCCUCAAACUGCCCCAGGACUCGCCUGACUGCAAGGAUGCCCAAAAAUCUCUGGAACUUAUUGCAACUGCUGCAGAACAUUCAAAUGCAGCCAUCCGCAAAAUGGAGAGAAUGCACUCACUGUUGAAAGUGUAUGAGCUGCUUGGAGGUGAGGAAGACAUAGUCAAUCCCACUAAUGAACUCAUCAAGGAAGGGCACAUCCUGAAGCUUUCAGCCAAGAAUGGUACCACCCAAGACCGAUACCUGAUCUUGUUCAACGACCGAUUGCUUUACUGUGUGCCAAAGCUGCGUCUUAUCGGCCAAAAAUUUGGAGUCCGUGCUCGCAUAGAUGUGGAAGGGAUGGAGUUAAAAGAGACCAGCAGCCUCAAUGUGCCUCGGACCUUCCUUGUAUCAGGGAAGCAGCGAUCCCUAGAGCUUCAGGCCAGGACUGAAGAAGAGAAGCGAGACUGGAUCCAGGCAAUACAGGCUACAAUCCAGAAACAUGAACAGACGCUGGAAAUGUUCAAGCAGCUUGCCAGCGAAGAUGAAACGCCGCCUAAUUCACCAGGUUGUGAGUUGGGCCGAAGGGCGCCCACACCAAUCCGGGAAAAAGAGGUGACUCUGUGUAUGCAGUGUAAAGAGCCCUUCAACGCUCUCACCAAACGGAGACAUCAUUGCCGGGCCUGUGGCCACGUUGUCUGUGGAAAGUGCUCAGAGUUCCGGGCCCGCUUGGUGUAUGACAACAACCGGCCAAACCGUGUCUGCACUGACUGCUACACCACGCUUCAUGGCUCCCCUGCCAGCCCUGCGCCGCACCCCAACACGCCCCAACGCCGGAAAUCCAUUCUGGAGAAACAAGCUUCUGUGGUGGCAGAGAACAGUGUGAUCUGCAGUUUCUUGCACUACAUGGAGAAAGGAGGGAAGGCUUGGCACAAAGGCUGGUUUGUCAUCCCUGAAAAUGAACCUCUGGUGUUAUACAUCUACGGAGCCCCGCAGGAUGUGAAAGCUCAGCGCUCAAUGCCUCUGAUUGGGUUUGAAGUAAACCUUCCUGAGCCCAGCGAACGGGUGGACCGACGCCACGCCUUCCGGAUCAGCCAGAGCCACCUGUGCUGGUAUUUCAGCCCUGAGACUGAGGAGCUGCGGCAGCGGUGGAUGGAAGUGUUGAGCAGGGCAGGCCGCGGAGAAGAAGCGAAGAGUCCGCCUUCAAUUCUGGAGGCUGAUGAGGAUACAGAAGCAGAGAGAACCUAGGCAUGGGCCUGAGGAACUGGGAAAAACUGACUCUGCCCACAUGGGGACCUUGCUCACUAUUCCCUGACCAGUAUACUUGAAACUAUUUUUCUUCUUCCUCUCUCUCUCUCUCUAGCACUUUCUCACAGUUCUUUUGGUCAGCAUCUGCCAUAGGCCAUCUGACUUGUCCUCAGCCACGGUGUUCUCUGCCAUGCCCCAGCCAUAGGGAUAAAGCACAUGCACUGAGAUUUGCUCCAGGCCAGUUCUCCCCACACCAUAGCAUGCAGUAACUCACACCCCCCUCCAACUUUGUUCCUUUCACGUUCUUUUAUGCAUGGAGAAACUGAUUUGAGGAGGUGAUUUCUUCUAAGAACGUGCUUCCCCCUUCCUUUAACUCUUGGACCAAGAUCUGUUCUUCCAAUCCCCCACUGCUUAUUUAGCACUUACUGAACUGCAGUGAUUUGGGAAGGCAAAAAUGGGGGAGUGUCCUUUCUCAAGCAUCUGUUUUGCCUUGUUUGUUAACUUAUUCCUCUUACUCCCCAUCUCUGUUUGAGAUUAGGUAGGAUGUUUCAGCCUGCUUCAGGUAGGCAAUCUUCCAUUACAACUUGAAGCCUUUCUACCAGUCUUGAUUUUUGUGCCAAAUGGGAAUAAAUCUAGAUUGGGUUGGGUUGGGAGAAGGAAAAAAAAGGACUGUCUUUACCUUUUUACAAGAGGCAGGCUUCUCUCUUAAGGAUAGGUUCUCCCUCAUCACAAGAUUUGAUGAGUUGGUUAUAUCCCCUUAUUUAAUUUUCUUUUAUCAUUUUGUGGAAUCCUAAGACUGACUUCAGGCCUGCUGAACUUUGAAGCUCUAGAGCUCUGCAGAUACAAUUUGGGUAACACCCACUCUUCUAGUUUGUGAUUGGGCCUUUUUUUCCAAUUAAAUAGAAUGGCAAAAGAGAACCAUAGUUAGCUAACGUUAAUGGAUCAUCAGGUGAACAUUUGUGGCCUUUUGUGUGUUGUUGGAGUGCAUCUCCUAUCUUUUUUUUUUUUUUAAACCACUUGGCCACAUUGGCAAGGGCUGAUGGAAGUUGAGAGUUCUGCAACCUCUGGAGGGUCAUAUGUCACCUACUAAUCUAAAACAGCAGCUGGAAAAUGUCAUCUUUCUGAGGAGCAAGGAGCAUAGACAUACUGGGGGAGAAAUUUUCUACAGUGAACAGCCUGUUGUCUGACACUAGAGACCAAGACUAUAUACAUUGAAUUGGAAUACAACUAAGGGUUUGUAUUCCAAUUUGAAAGUCCAGAUACUUCAAAUAUCAUUCAUUUCAGUGUCAGCAUUUCACCCCAACUUAUUUAACAUGUCUGUGCCAUCGUACCCCCAGUGGCUCUUGAACUCUCAAUGGGGAUGGGGAGAUUAGAUUUCUUGGGUCAAAGCAAGGUCCAGAAAGAGGUUCUCAAACUUAUUAACAAAUUCCAUUCAGGUGGCCCAUGGGAAAGGUUGGGGAACAGCCAAGAAUAUCUAUAUUUAGCCUUAGAAUUCUUUAAGGGACAGGGAAUAAGGACCAGGGCCAAAUUACUGAAAGAUUGCCAAGGUCCUAGCUUAAGAUUCGUGAACAUUAGAAUACAGUGCUAGUGCAGUCUAUUAAUUUUCCCAUUAACACAAACUCUAUAAGCAAAAGGAACCUUUCUCAAUAGCCAGAUUGAGCUCACAGACCUGCUUAUAUGAUGCUGAUUUUGAUAACACUGCUCAAGAAAGAAAAAUAUUAAAGUAUUAAUAAGAGAUAGGUUGAUUUGCAAUUUCAGAACCAUUUUAUGCUGUUUUUAACAGCCAGUCUCCAGCAUCAAAUAUCCAGGAAGAUAUUGUCCCUGAUAGGCAUUCCACUGGCAAAUAAUGUGAAGUUCCCAGCUGGCUUAGAAUGGGCCACUCCCGGGCUAGGUAACAGGAUAUUCGUGCAUGAGAUUCUAUACAAAGCGUGGUUAUUACAAUAAUAGAUAAAGUACCCUUCUUCCCCUGUAACCAAAUGCAGGCGCUUCCUCUCCUUGAUACAAUGCACUUAAAAUGGCCAACAUUUCAGAACUCUUGAACCUUGUUGGACUAUCUUGGAGGUUCUUAAAGUCCCCUGAGGUAUCGCUCUCCCUUCCUCCCUUUUUUGCUGGUACUGUUUCCACACACAAAAUGAGUGGAGAUUUUGUGUGUAUGUGGGAUUUAAACAAAAAACAAAUCCUUGCCUUAUUUUACGUAGGUUUCCUGGUGUUGCUGUUGGUACUCAUCGUAUUCUUUAUCUUCGCCCUCCUGUGGUAUAGAACUAGUGCAUGUAACUUUUAUAUUAAAAAAAAGGCCUCAGUAUUAAGGGAUAUACAAAAUCUUACCAAAAUAAUAUUUUAUUGUUGCUCUUGUAUAGUGGCUGGCCACUGCAAAGGUUAGGGAAGGGAAGCUUUUAUUGACCAAAACUUCCUGUGUCCUACCACCAUGAUUUGUGUAUUGUCCAUUUUACUUUUUUGUUCCAUUGUUGUGUUUUGAUUUUCAUUGUUCUUUUUUUUUAAAUACAG